CGGCGGCAGCGGCUGCACAGAGCAUCUUGGCCAAAGAGUUUGCAGGAAAACCCCUGUGGAAGUGCAGGAUUCCAACCUUUCCCUGCGCCGCUUCGGAUCCAUUGAACCCCUCAGUUCCUCCCAGGUUGAUAUUUGGGAUGCGGCCAUUCCUGGGCAGACCCGGAGUGUUCCCAGGAGCCUGAUCCAGACCCACUCAAGGCAGGACACCACGGUGAGGCUCCUGAUGGAGCAGCCACCGGAGCAGGAAGGGAUGCUCCCAGCCCCUUCCAAUGGGAAAGGGAGCCCCCAGCUCCUGGAAGAGGCCGUUGGUGGGGAGGAAAAGGUGACUGGAAGCGAGGAGAUCCUGGCACCGGAUGCUUCUUGUGCCCCACAUCUCCCCCCCAUCGAGCAUCUGCAGGAAGAUGCUGAGGAGAAGCAGUGUGUGGAGGAUGGGGGGUCCCUGCCAGGUCCCCCCAUGCCCAGCCCCAGUGCUGGGGCACUGGGGUUACCCUCGGCGCCCCCCCAAAUCCAGCCCCCGAGUCGGGAAGUGCAGGAGGAAUUCUACUGCGUGAAGUGGAUCAGCUGGAAGGGCGAGAGGACCCCGGUCAUCAUGCAGAGUGAGAACGGGCCCUGCCCGCUCCUCGCCAUCAUGAACAUCCUCCUCCUGCAGUGGAAGGUGAAGCUGCCCCCACAGAAGGAGGUGGUCACGGCCGAGGAGCUGAUGGCACAUUUGGGGGACUGCAUCUUGGCCACCCAGCCCCGGGAGCCAUCGGAGGGGCUGCAGCUCAACUUCCAGCAGAACAUCAGUGACUCCAUGAUGGUGCUUCCCAAGCUCUCGACGGGGCUGGACGUCAACGUGAGGUUCACGGGGGUCUCGGACUUUGAGUACACACCUGAGUGCAUCGUCUUCGACCUCCUCAACGUCCCGCUCUACCACGGCUGGCUGGUGGACCCCCAGAGCCCGGAGGUGGUCCAGGCCGUGGGCAAGCUCAGCUACAACCAACUGGUGGAGAAGAUCAUCACCUGCAAACAGGCGAGUGACUCCAGCCUGGUGAGCGAAGGGCUGGUGGCAGAGCAGUUCCUGGAGUCCACGGCCUCCCAGCUCACCUACCAUGGGCUGUGUGAGCUCACGGGGGCCGUGAGGGAGGGCGAGCUCAGCGUCUUCUUCCGCAACAACCACUUCAGCACCAUGACCAAGCACAAGGGCCACCUUUACCUGCUGGUGACGGACCAGGGCUUCCUGCAGGAGGAGAAGGUGGUUUGGGAAAGCCUCCACAACGUGGAUGGGGACAGUUGCUUCUGCGACACCGAUUUCCAUCUCAGCCACACGCCGGCCAAGGAGGGGGCUGCUGCGGCCCCCGCGGACCACCAGCUCCAGCAGAGACAAGUGGACCAGGAUUACCUGAUAGCUCUGUCCCUGCAGCAGCAGCAGGGGCAGGAGCCCUCCACCCUCAGUGACCUGGAGCUGGCGCAGCAGCUGCAGCAGGAGGAGUAUCAGCAGCAGCAGCAGCAGCAUCCUCAGCAUCGCCAUCACCCACAGCAGCAGCCGCAGGCCCCAGUGCAGGGCUGGGGUCGGCCACCCAGGGAGCAGAGGCAGCGGCAGAAGCCAGACUUGGACUGUGUCAUCCUAUAGCCCCUGUGGGGGCUCCUCAGGGGCUUGGGGGGGCGGGGGCCGUCCCCAC